GGAAGAGACGAGGCUGCAUGUGUGUCCCUCUCGCCUACAGGGUAGGGGAGCAUAGGAGCCUGGAGGGACACAGUCUCAUGCUUGCACAUAAGAGGAUUUCCUGUUUGUUUUGUCCUUGCUACAAACUUUUUAGGUUAUGUUAUAAGAAGACGGUCCUGGCUACCAAGUUAAGAUUUAGAUCGGCUCAGGAGAGUCUUUUGCUAGGUGGAAUCUAUGGCUUUUUAUAUCGCUCUGUUGGGGAUCAUCCUGACUGCUCCUGCCCUGUUGCUGGCUGAAACUUUGGUGGACGGAUGUGGGCACAAAGUCGUGUAUGAAGAGAGCGGGACAAUAAGUUCUAAAAACUACCCUGGGACUUACCCUAACUAUACCCUGUGUAAAAUAAGAAUCAGUGUGCCGCCUGGAAAGAACAUGUACCUGAAGCUGGCAGACCUGGAUAUUGAGUCCCAUGACUGUGAAUCUUCAUAUCUCAAAAUCUACAAGGGAUUUAAUUCACUGGAACAUGAAAGCUUUUGCGGGGGUCUGAAUACUGCACCAAUAGAGCUCUUCCUAGAUACCAACAUAGUCACCAUCCACUUUGAAAGUGGCCUCCAUGUGUCUGGUCGAGGGUUUCUACUCAACUAUGCCAGCAGCGAUCAUCCAGAUUUAAUAACUUGCUUGGCACGAUCAAACCACUACAAAGAGACAGAAUACAGCAAAUACUGCCCAGCUGGUUGCAGAGACGUAGCAGGAGAAAUAUCUGGCGACGUGGUAGAUGGCUACAGAGAUACCUCUUUGCUUUGCAAAGCUGCCAUCCAUGCCGGAGUUAUUGCCGAUGAACUUGGGGGACAGAUUCAGCUAACUCAGCACAAAGGCAUCAGCCGGUACAGAGGGGUUACGGCCAAUGGGAUUUUAUCAAAAGAUGGAUCAUUGUCAGACCGGCGCUUUGUGUUCAGCAGUCACGAUUGCAGUAAUUCUCUGACAGCAGGCUAUGCAUCAGAAGCAUUUACAGCCACUUCUUUCUGGGAGUCAAACAGUGAGAAUGGGGAGUUGCUAUCUUGGGCUCCUGAGAGGGCGCAGUUGAAAAUGCAAGGUGCAUCGUGGGCUUCAAGUCGCCAGUCUGAUCGAGAAUGGCUUGAAAUUGACCUAGGGGAAAAGAAGAGAAUAACAAGUAUUGUGACCACGGGAUCAACAUUACCAAAGUUUAACUUUUUUGUGAAAUCUUACACCAUCACUUUCAAAAAGGAUAGUUCAAAAUGGAGGAUUUAUAAGGGGGCCGUCAGCAACGAAGAAAAGAUUUUGGAAGGAAAUUAUAACUAUCAGGACACUACACGCAAUAAUCUUAUCCCUCCUGUGGUGACACGCUACCUGAGAAUUGUUCCUCAGACUUGGAACCAAAGAAUAGCUCUGAAGGUGGAACUGUUUGGAUGUCCAUUACCACAGACUCACAACUCAUCAACUCAUCCCAUGUGGAAGAAAACGAUUGUGCGGAGCGGUAAAACACCAAAAAAAGAAGAAGAAACCAUCACUGAACCCAUACCAUCUGAAGAAGCAAACUUAGGAUGGAAGAUCAUUAUCAUAAUCGUUUCACUUAUCUGUUUUAUGUGUCUCCUUACAUUUGGGAUCUGCUUCUGCACAACAAGAAGAAAAAAGUUAAAAGCAGAAGCCUACAAGUCGACUGAGGAACACAAAGACUGUUGGAAACAGCUGGAACAGCCGUUUGUGAGGCAGCAAUCAAAUGAUUUCCCCAUCAGUUAUAGCAAUGACAAGAAUAGUUUGCAGAAGUUUGAUCUAGUUAAAUGUGACAUUGAAGAUUAUCAACAGUCCCUGAUGAUUGGUACCGGCACAGUCACAAGAAAGGGAUCUACCUUUAAACCAAUGGAUACUGAGGACAAGGAAGUACUUGGAAGUCAAGAGAUUGAAAACCAUUAUGACUGUCCACAUAGGAACAAUAAGCAUGAAUAUGCCCUUCCCCUAACUAACCCGGAGCCAGAAUAUGCCACUCCCAUCAUAGAACGUCACAUGAUACGGGAAAACACCUUUACAUCAGACUCUGGUUACAAUGUGCCUGUGAUAUGCUUGGAGCGCCAACAUUCCUUCUCUGCUGGCAGCUUCUCAUCCAGCCAAGAGAACAGUGGCGGAGACUACCAGACACCACCAAUCAGGAAAAUAGAGGAGUGUGACUAUGACAGACCAAAGGUUCACAUUGGGUUGGUUGCCGUGGAGAAUGGAAAUUACCAGAAACCACAGAUCUGCUUAUUGGUGAGCGAUGAUGGCUACUCAUCUCCAAGGGACUGUCUGAGGUCAAAAAACCAUACUGCAGUAUCCGCUCUGCUUUGAGGAUGUGACUGCAGAGGUCAUGUAGCUAAUGUUACUUUUACAGCUGCUGGAAACAAAAAGUUUACAUUUUUUACUUGUUUAAUAUGUGGACACCUGCUAAAGGUUGUUGUAUAUCUUCAGGAAAUAGCAUGGAAAGAAGUGUUCAUCUUGCAUUUUUCUAUGCUGUGUAUUUUUUACGUGCAAUGUGUACAGAUUUGGGUUAUUUAAGAAAAAAAGCUUUAUAUUCUACUUUUGUAGAUAAAGACACUCUGGUUAUUUAAAUGGAAUGUUAACAUUGGUUGUUACUAAAUAGAAACACAGCUUCAAGGGGAAGUAAACAAAUAAUACAGAAUUUGGUUAUAUUUUAUCCUUGGUGUUUUUCCGAUGAGUCUGUCCGAUAUCUUGCUACCACAGGCAUUGAUAUCACGCUCAUUUUCUGUGCUGCUACAAUCUAUGAACUUUUACCUUGACACUUUUCCAUACUGGCCUUAGAUGAAGGCGGAGCUAGCAGUUUUGCACUCACUCAAUAGGGAUGCCUGUAAUAAUAAUAUCAUAAUUCACUGCUCCAAUGAUCCUUUCAUCAAGAAAGGGGUGAGACAUUCCAGAGGAAAUUACAGCCAGUGCUAUUAGUUUUUCAGACUUAAGUUCAUUAUUGAAAGCUUUAAGAUUUAAGUCACAGUGCUUUGCAUCCUUCUUGUAAGUAAGGCAUGGCAAUAUGCAGUUCUUGAGUAUUGUACUAAAGUGUAGUUUGCCCACCUUUCCUUUGGUAUUAAAUGGAAAUUGUAAUCAUAAGUACAUAGUAUUAUGUCAGGGGUUUUCAAACCUGUCUCUGGGCCUCCCAAACAGGCCAGAUUUUCAGGAGAUCUGAACUGGAACACAGGUGAAAUAAUCAGCAGGUUAAUAACCAUGUUUACUAAUCCGCUCUCUCCCAAGAUAAUCCUGAAAAUCUGGCCUGUUAGGGAGGCCUGGGGAGAAGUUUGAAAACCCCUGUAUUAUGUAAAUGUUGUAGAAUCAUCAAAUUAUUAAAUUUAAGGCAGGAUAAUCUUCUUCAACAUACCCAGAUUAGGAUGACCAAUCGUAUAUAGCAAAUUCUGUGUGUAUAUACAUAUGUGUUUGUAUGCUCCACUACACUUGUGGGACUUAUUGACCUAAACUAAUGCAGUUUUAAUUAUUCACAACAUUUCUAUAAAUUGGCUAUUAGAAUAACUUCAGCUUUGCUAGAUGUAAUUUAUUUUUGUAAUUUGUUCACUGUGUACCAUGUGGAAGUAGUUAUUUUUAUUAUCAAGAUGCAAAUGAACGCUCCUGCCUAUUAAAUGGAGUCAGAGGAGGUACUGGUAGACAUACAGGUGACCUUGCUUGCAAAUGAAUUGUACUUUAAAACUUAAAUGGGAAAGGAACAUCUAGACUGCAUUUAUACAAAAUGGCUGUUCACUUGGCACUUUCUACUGGCCAUACAGUAGGGAACAGAAUUAGGGGAGCAAUCUGUUCUUUGUUGGUAAAAUUAAAGGACUGGCCAGACAAACUGCAGUUUACAUAUAUGCUUUGUUUAGAGUUGUAUAUUUUGAAGUGUCAGAAUCCAUUAAAGAGACGGUCUACACCUAUAUUAACAUUAGCCCAUACCUUAGAUCGUGUUCCGAUUGUCAUAACUCACCCCCUCUACCCUAAUGAGUCUGCUUUAAAAACCGAGUUAUUCAAAAUCAAAAGUUUGAUUUUAAUCGUUAGAAAUGGCCGACAAACUCCGCCCAAUCCCUUCUCCUCCUACCUGGACCUCGUCUUCUCUUUUUAGCUCAUACUCGUGCAUGUAGCAGCCACUGACGUAAUUACCCUCUAAACACGCAUGCACAUCUUUACGGAAGUAAGCAGAAGUCCGUCUGCGCAACUGGCAAUUAACCAAGCCUAUGGUUGUGUGCAAAUUGAAAAUAUGUUUUUGUUCCAGAUUGUUUGUUCCUCUGCUGGUGUGCAUGCGCGAAACAACGAAAGUGCGCAAGACUGAUUUUUAAUUGGUGAUCCACUUUUGAUUGGAGCGUUGAAAUUUAGACAGUCUAUGAUGCAAUUUAUAGGCGGAGCUGGUCAGCCAUUUCUAACGAUUAAAAUCAAACUUUUGAUUUUGAAUAACUCCGUUUGUGAAGCAGACUCGUUAGGGUAAAGGGGGUAAGUUAUGACAAUCGGAACACAAUCUAAGGUAUGGGCUAAUGUUAAUAUAGGUGUAGACUGUCCCUUUAACCGCAUACCAAUAAGGGCUGUGUAAUAAUUAAAAACAAACAAAACAAAAAAAACAUACAAUUAUGGUGAAUCUUCUUAGUAAUUACCAAUGUAAGAAAAAAAAUGUAAAAUAAUUUAAGCUUUAAUAUUUGUAUUGGUUUUUUUUAUGUAAAGAACACAAAAAGUGACCUAUAAGUACUGAUUUGUGUUACUACAAUGUGUUCUUUGUUGCAAUAUUUGGCUGAUCAUAAGCCUUACAUCCAUUCUCAGGUAAUUUAUUACACAGUGCAAUACUCUGAUGCCUGCUUGAUUCGGCGUCACACAGUAACAUUAUCGUUUUGUUUUAUUCUUUGUGAAAGGUGAACACAUGUAAGAGUUGUAGAUUAAUUCAUUUAUACCAAUUAUGUCAAUAACCAAAAACUUCUAAAUUUGUAAUGCUAUUCUGUUGCAAAAAAAUACCAUAAUGGAAAAAAAAAUUUUUUUACGUUGGUCAUGUUACAAACUCAUUGAUGGCAUAUAUUAAAAUAUGCUCCAUCUGUAAAAAUUAAGGAAAACUUGUCUCACAAUAAGCAUCAGGCAUCAAAAUAGGUCAUGUUACAAAACCAAAUGCUUUUGUUUCAAAUCGUGUAAAAAUGGGUCAUACACCAAUUUGUCUUAUAUUACAGAACCAUGAAACCAAAUAUGGCACAUGUUACAAAAGCAAAUGCGUAUGUGUUUUUCCUUUUAACUAAGUGUAUUUCCUUAUGUCAGUGCUAAACUUAAAUCAUAUCCAGGUGUGAAUAUUCAGAGGUUGUUUCUACAGUAUAUGGUGUUUCAUGUAUAUAUUAUACAAUAAUGUUGCUGCUGCCUAGUGGAUGGAGAAUUGUUAUCUCUGACCAAUUUAUGGCUACAUAACAUGUAUUUAAUAUUUAUUUGGGAAGUUUUUCAAACCUUGUGCUCCAAAGAUGUUGGGCUAAAAAGAAAAGGAAAAAAAAAGCAUAUGAUGCAAUUUAUUAUUAUGUACAUACAAUUGUUUUAAAAUGUUUAUAUAUUGUAUAGUAGUCUUUUUGAGAACUUUUAAAAAAAUUUUUUUAUGUUUGACCCCUUUUAAAUGUCUUGGCAGCAUCCCUUUUUAUCACAGUUUGCUUCAAGUUUAAUUUAUCUCAAGUACCCAGCAAAAGAUUUUUUUUAUUUUUUUGAGAGCACAUUAAUGAACAGUGACUCCUGGGAAUCGUUUGCCCAGAAUGGUUAUUCAGUUAAAUUACCCUACUUACUAAAUGUAGAAUUUUACUUGAAUAUAUUAGUGAUCAGAGCUUUUGUAGAUAGAUUUUGUAAAAUGUUAUAUAAACCAUUAAUGAUGAGCCUUUUAAAGGUCUGAAAUUUAGCAGAUAAAUCUAUAUUUUAGUAAUGUUUUAAUAGUGGCACUUUGCAGUGUCAGAAUGUGUGAAAAAAACUGUUUUAAAAAUCAGUACAUCUAAGUAUUUAUCAGACUUGUAAGAUGGUAAGAUUUCUGUGAAAUAUUAAACCAAGAUUUAAUUUCCUGAAAA